UGUAAAUCGCCCUCCCAGUUCCUUAUCAUCUUCCAAAUAGAUCUGACAGUCAGCCGCUAUCAUCUGGUCACCACUGAAGCAAGAAGAUGACUAGAAAACCUAUGGAAAGCGUUAUUGAACAGCUUUAAUGAACGGAAAUAAAUAAGUCAUCUGCGGUCAUAAAGAGAGAAAGUAGUAUUCAACACCUAGCGAGAGCGCUAAAUGGACCAGAAAMAACGGACUCAGAAAGCGGCGGUUGGUUCUCAACAAGGUGGAGUUUUGUGAGUGAGGGCGAGGUUUACCAUCGAUUGCCUUUACGCGAUUUGGUUACCUGAUGGAGAAACCAGAACGACAGGUGACUCGAAGAUAAUUGCUGCCUUUCCUGGAAAUAUUGAACUAUUACAUCAAAUGAAACAAACAAAGAAGAACAGCAACGGGAUUUUKAAUAUAUAAUUAUGUGAACGAGUUUUGAAGAAAUAUCUGAUUUCGCAUACAAUUCGCAUAUAACUUAUUGUACGAUCUGUGAAUGACUUAAUGAAUGACUUAAUGGGACGAUCAUAUCCUGUCCUUUGAAGUGCAGUUUCUGCGUCACAGGUCGCUGAGAACACAACAUUUACAUUGAAGGACUGAUGUAAACGAACAGGGUAGAGUACAGGAAGGAAGGGUGGUAGUUAGUUGAAGCAAUAUGACUGAAUUGUGGGGUAUGGGGCACUGMCUGGAACUACCCAAAUCGUCUGGAUACUAGUUAUAGAACAUGGAAACCUAUCCCUGGGCAUCGGUAGCCUCAGAAUAAUGCCUAAAGGUAAACAUAGUUACUACCCGGACUCUCCCUCUAUCCGCAUAUCCAAGAUGGAUGUGAUCAUCCCGUUCUCCCCAGAUGUGCCCUGUGAUAGCAAUGGGCAGCGCAUGUGGUGGGCUUUCCUUGCCUCCUCCAUGGUCACGUUCUUUGGGGGUCUCUUCAUCAUUCUGCUCUGGAGAACUCUCAAGUACCUGUGGACCGUCUGCUGCCACUGUAACACCAAAAAGAAGAAUGCUCAGCGGGUCCACAACCCUACCUCCCAUGGGGAUGGGAUCAAGCACACCAAGGAGACGGUGGCUGCACUCAGCGAGGUGGGCUGGAUGACCUCCGUCAAAGACUGGGCUGGGGUCAUGAUAUCAGCCCAGACACUGACGGGCAGAGUCCUGGUGGUGCUUGUCUUUGCCCUCAGCAUCGGAGCCCUUGUAAUAUACUUCAUAGAUUCCUCUGACCCCAUUGAGUCCUGUCAGAACUUCUAUAAAGACUUCACGCUACAGAUUGACAUGGCUUUCAACGUCUUCUUCCUCUUGUACUUCGGUCUACGGUUUAUUGCAGCCAAUGACAAGCUGUGGUUCUGGCUGGAGGUGAACUCAGUGGUGGACUUCUUCACUGUUCCCCCGGUGUUCGUGUCCGUUUAUCUCAACAGGAGCUGGCUUGGCUUGAGGUUUUUAAGGGCGUUAAGGUUGAUACAGUUCUCAGAAAUCUUACAGUUUUUGAACAUAUUAAAAACAAGCAAUUCCAUAAAACUGGUGAACUUAUGUUCAAUCUUCAUAAGUACAUGGCUAACAGCGGCAGGCUUCAUACAUCUGGUGGAAAACUCAGGGGAUCCUUGGGAAAACUUCCAAAAUUCCCAAGCACUUUCCUACUGGGAAUGUGUCUACUUACUCAUGGUUACUAUGUCCACUGUGGGCUAUGGAGACGUGUAUGCAAAAACCACCCUGGGACGACUUUUCAUGGUCUUCUUCAUCCUUGGUGGUUUGGCCAUGUUUGCGAGCUACGUCCCUGAAAUCAUAGAGUUAAUAGGAAACCGCAAGAAAUAUGGUGGUUCCUAUAGUGCGGUUAAUGGGAGAAAGCACAUCGUGGUCUGUGGUCAUAUAACACUUGAAAGUGUGUCCAACUUCCUUAAAGACUUCCUACACAAGGACAGGGAUGAUGUCAAUGUAGAAAUUGUUUUUCUCCAUAAUAUUUCCCCUAAUCUUGAGCUGGAAGCCUUGUUUAAACGCCACUUCACCCAGGUGGAGUUCUACCAGGGAUCUGUUCUCAACCCACAUGACCUGGCCAGAGUCAAGAUAGAGUCAGCAGACGCCUGUUUGAUCCUAGCUAAUAAAUACUGUGCAGACCCUGAUGCUGAGGAUGCCUCCAACAUCAUGAGGGUGAUAUCCAUCAAGAACUACCACCCAAAGAUCAGAAUCAUUACCCAGAUGUUGCAGUACCACAACAAGGCCCACCUUUUGAACAUUCCCAGUUGGAACUGGAAGGAGGGUGACGAUGCCAUUUGCCUUGCUGAGCUGAAGCUGGGCUUCAUAGCACAGAGCUGUCUGGCUCAGGGCCUGUCCACCAUGCUGGCCAACCUCUUCUCCAUGAGGUCCUUCAUCAAGAUUGAAGAGGACACGUGGCAGAAGUAUUACCUGGAAGGAGUAGCCAAUGAAAUGUACACUGAGUACCUGUCUAGUGCCUUUGUGGGCUUAUCCUUCCCGACCAUUUGUGAGCUCUGCUAUGUGAAGCUGAAGCUGCUACUGAUUGCUAUCGAGUACAAGUCUGAUAUAAGGGAAAGCAGCACCCUCAUCAACCCUGGGAACCAUGUGAAGAUGCAGGAAGGAACCCUGGGGUUCUUUAUCGCCAGCGAUGCCAAAGAAGUAAAGAGGGCACUUUUUUACUGCAAAGCUUGUCACGAUGACAUCACAGAUCCCAAAAGGAUAAAGAAAUGUGGAUGCAAACGAUCAAAAAAUAACUAUAACGGAUAUAUCAAAUCAAUCGAAGAGGAGCAGCAUACGACACUGUCGCCUAAAAAGAAACAACGUAAUGGAAACACAAGGAACUCACCCAACGGUUCACCAAAAAUGAUGAGGCAUGACCCUCUCCUCAUGCCGGGGAACGAACAGAUUGAGAACAUGGACAUGAACGUGAAGAAGUACGACUCCACAGGGAUGUUCCACUGGUGCCAGUCCAAAGACAUCGAGAAGGUCAUCUUGACCAGAAGUGAAGCUGCCAUGACUGUCCUAAGCGGCCACGUGGUCGUCUGUAUAUUUGGAGACGCGAAGUCGGCUUUGGUGGGCCUAAGGAACCUUGUGAUGCCUCUGAGAGCUAGCAACUUCCACUACCACGAGCUGAAACCCAUCGUGUUCGUGGGUUCUCUGGAGUACCUGAAGAGGGAAUGGGAGACCCUUCACAACUUCCCCAAAGUCUCCAUUUUACCUGGCACACCAUUAAGCCGGGCCGAUCUGAGGGCUGUCAAUAUCAACCUCUGUGACAUGUGUGUCAUCCUYUCGGCCAAUCAGAACAAUAUUGACGACGCGUCACUGCAGGACAAGGAAUGCAUCCUGGCGUCACUCAACAUCAAGUCCAUGCAGUUUGACGACAGCAUCGGGGUCUUGCAGGCUAACUCCCAAGGUUUCACUCCUCCAGGCAUGGACAGGUCCUCUCCUGAAAACAGUCCACUUCAUGGGGGGUUGGUCCGACAGGCUUCCAUCACAACAGGAGCCAACAUCCCCAUCAUCACUGAACUAGUGAAUGACUCCAAUGUUCAGUUCCUGGACCAGGAUGAUGAUGAUGACCCUGACACAGAAUUGUACCUCACUCAGCCCUUCGCCUGUGGGACGGCCUUCGCAGUCAGUGUGCUGGAUUCCCUGAUGAGUGCGACAUACUUCAAUGAUAAUAUCCUCACCCUGAUCCGGACGCUGGUAACAGGGGGGGCCACUCCGGAGCUGGAGGGUCUGUUGGCGGAGGAGAACGCAUUACGAGGAGGCUACAGCACGCCGCAGACCCUCGCUAACCGYGACAGGUGUCGUGUGGCACAGCUAGCCUUGUACGACGGGCCUUUCGCUGACUUGGGAGAUGGUGGUUGCUACGGUGACUUAUUUUGUAAAGCUUUAAAAACUUACAACAUGCUGUGCUUCGGAAUUUAUCGAUUAAGAGACGCACAUUUAAACACACAAAGUCAUACAAGUCAAUGCACUAAACGGUAUGUGAUAACCAAUCCGCCAUAUGGUUUUGAGUUGGUGCCAUCAGACCUGAUCUUCUGCCUGAUGCAGUUUGACCACAAUGCGGGUCAGUCCAGGGCCAGCCUCUCCCACAGCUCCCACUCCUCCCAUUCUUCCAGCAAAAAGAGCUCCUCCGUCCAUUCUCUCACUGCCACCAACCGUACCAACCGCGCCAAGAGCAGGGACUCGCGGGACAAACAGAAAAAAGACAUGGUUUACAGAUGAGCCUGAGAACGCGGCCUACCACAGGAACAUUCACAUCAAGCCAAUGAGUACUAGUCACAGUAGUCACACAGCCAACCACCAGGUCAACCAGAACCCUUACAAAUCCACCAACAACCAUAUUCCAUCCAUCAGAGAGGUGGAGGACGAAUGCUGAACUACAGAACCCCAUGUUGACACCUACAGUAGAACCCACCUGUAGAACACCUGGGGAAAACACUUGGAACUAGAAACCAAGAACAUCUAGAACCCACCUAGAGAACACAUGGAAGUACACCUAGAACCCGUGGAACUGGAACCUGAAGAACACCUUAAAGCUAGAAUCUUUAGUUGCUUUAAUGAUAUAUACCCAUUGAAUCUUGAAGAAUAUAACUUAAACUUGCCU